ACGCGGUGCGCUUUCGCUUCUAUUACGUCGAACGCCUACGAACGCCCGUCGUGUUCCGUUUUUCGUUUCUCAACCGGAUCACCAGGUGCUGGACGGGUCCGCUUUCAUUACAACCAACGCCGUUUUUCAACCGAGUCGGGACCCACGAACGUCCGCUGAACAUGCUUCCGUCCUGUGAGCACGGUAUGCCGCUGACCGGACAGUCUCCGGGCGUUAUGAUGCGUCGUCUAUUUAAGAGGGGAGGCCCGUCUUCCCCCCUCGGUCAACCGCUAUCCACUUCACACACGCCCUUCACACCUCCACGCCUCCAACAAUGAAACUCGUCUCUGCCAUCCUUGCUGUCAUCCUCGUCACCGCCGCCAGCCAAGCCGAGGGUAGGAACUGCCGACAGGGCAUGACAUACUGCGGGUCCACUUUGCGGGCAAUCGCGACCGGACAGAACUACGACGCCCAGAUGGCAGCGACUGGUCACACCAGUGGCAACGACCUGUUCUACUGCAAGGGGGGGGACAAUGGCGACAUUAUCUGGAUCCAAACUUGUCCAACACACUGCAACGAUGGCGGCUCUGAAUACAACGACUGGUGUGCUUAAGCUGUGAUAGUACCGGUCAUGUCUGUAGAAUUCGCUCCAUAGACUCUC